AUGCAUUCCAAUAUCAGAGCCCUUCUUCUCUAUCUCCUCUCUGGCGCUUCCUUAGCAACAGCCCAGCCCGCGCCUACACAAACCCACCAAGUCACCCUUGCAGCCCGCGAACCCACCACAACAGCAGCACCCGUGGGAUGGUUCACCACCACAAAAAACAUCGCUACAAUCGGCGGUCAAACAGAAGAACAUUUCACGCUCCCCGCAAAGACCAUCCAGAUCGUCAUCCCCACGUGUAUCCAGACGCACGAGCCCGAUGGGAACGGUUAUCUACCCCCCGGGACGUGUAACGCCCACUGGAAUUACUACCCCAGCUUUUCUGCCGCUGCGGUCUUUGCUGUGCUGUUUGCUGUGUUGACGGCGGUGCAUAUAUGGCAGGCUGCCAAGUAUAAAAAGUCAUGGUGCUGGGUUAUUAUCAUGGCGGGCAUUUGGGAGACGAUGGCAUUCACCUUCCGAGCCAUAAGCACCAAGCAUCAGCAGAGCGUUGGUGUUCUUCUCACGUUUAACAUCUUUAUCUUGCUGGCUCCGAUUUGGGUCAAUGCAUAUGCUUACAUGACUCUCGGUCGAAUGGUCUACUACUUUACCCCCUCGCACUCCCUCAUCGGCAUGCCAGCCGCCACUCUAGCCGCCAUCUUCGUCGGUCUAGACAUCAUAUCCUUCACCGUCCAGCUCGUCGGCGGUAGUAUGGCCGGUCCUAGUUCGCCCCCAGAUGAGCAGAUGAAGGCCAUCCACAUCUACAUGGGCGGUAUCGGUCUGCAGGAGCUUUUUAUCGUCAUCUUUGUCGUGCUUUGCAUUCUCUUCCAACGAAGUAUGCACAAGAUGAACCAGCAGGGGGGCAUUAAGGGCUUCUUCACCUCCGACUGGGGCAUGCUUCUCUGCACGUUGUACUUUUCACUCGCCAUGAUCUCCGUGCGCAUUCUCUAUCGUCUGAUCGAGUUCUCCAAUGGGCAAGGUCAGGACAAUGCGCUUGUGACACACGAGAUUUACUUUUACGUCCUCGAAGCAGCGCCUAUGUUCUUGGCUCUGUUGGCCUUCAACAUUGUGCAUCCGGGAAGGAUCUUGACGGGUCCUAAUUCUGAGAUGCCUGGUCUGUUUUCGCUCAUCAAGAGCAAGUUCCGGGGAGGGAAGGGAAAGCAGCUGCUUGAUGAUGAGAGUGAUGUGGAGAUGAAUACUGCCUAUGAGCCGACUCGAGCGGCUGGGUAUUAG